GGAGGGGGAAGAAGAGCUGUGCAGGUAGAGCUGAGAGCAGGUGGUCCCACCACCAUCUGCUCCACCCUCCCAGUCCCUGUGCUCUGUGAAGGUACCACAUUGAAGCCGCAGUGGGUCUUGGUGACAGGGCAGCAAGGGCCGGACCGGCAGGCACAGGUGGAGUUGGCUGAAAGUCCACAGCACCCAAGAGUGAGUGGAGUCACAGAGUCACAGCAACAGCCAAGCUGAUGGGGAGCCACAGUCCCCACGCGCCUGUCCCCCCACUCUUCCUCCUGCUGCUGCUGCUGCUGUUGCUGCUGCCACCACCGCUAUCCUUAAUGCCACUUGGUUUGGGAAGCCUCCAGCUUGACGACCCUAACAGAACAAACCUUCAAGUACUUGUCCUUGGCUCCAGAAAACGCCGACAGUGGGAAAAGGACAAGGGUGGGGAGAAAGUGUGCGAUACAACCUUUGACCUCUACUUUAACUUGGACAAAUCUUCGUAUUUGAGAGACUGGGAGCCUGUCUACCAGUUUGUGAAGAAGGUUGUGGAGAAAGUCACCAAAAACCCCAAGCUGCGGGUUUCCUUUGUCACUUAUUGCUGUAAGGGCAACAUAAUCCUGGAUCUCACCUCAGACAGGGAAAAAAUCCGGAGGGGCCUGAGAAGACUUGAAUACAGCGUCAGGGCUGGCUCUGCACUGGCGGACUUAGGUUUGGCUAAGAUCAAUAAGCAGAUCAUAAAGGCCAAAAAUGAACCGGUCGUUGGGCCCAGCGUGAUCAUCAACCUUAUGAGUCAAGCUUUGCCUGAUAUGUUUUUCCAAAGACUCAAGGCAAAAGUCAGGGAGAGUCAGUCGUUGGGGGCAUCUGUCUACUCUGUGGGUUUUGACGAAGCUACCAAUGAUCAGCUCUCAGGUUUGUCAACCAGACCAGAAGAAACACUCAUGCUCCCUGGUGAGGGAUACGACCGCCUGGUGUCCAUCACAGAUCAGGUCGUUAAAGACAUUUGCCCUCCAACUCUGCGUCUUCUCAAGAACAUUGUGUGUGCAGAGGCCCGCCACAAAGUGACUGUUAUUGGACGUUUCGCUAACACCGCACAAGGAGUCAUCUGCAAGUUCAAGUUAGGCAAAAACAAGCCUGUCUAUGUAAGACCCUUAAGUGUGACUGAAGACCAGAUAAUUUGUGAUGCCCCAGUUAUAAAGCAGCCACAGCAGAUGCUCACUGUUGAAGUCAGCCUCGACAAUGGGCAACAGUUCCUGGGCAACAACCUCAACGUCACCAGCAAAAAAUGCCGCUCUCCAACUACCACAACUACUACCACAACAACCACCACCACCACGACCACCACUACCACCACUACCACCACCACCACCACCACCACCACUACCACCCCUGCCCCAACCACCACCACCACAACCACCAGCCCGACCACAACCACCCCUACCACCACCACUACCACCACCACCACCACCACUACCGCCGCCACCACCACCUUGCCGCCCGUCACGAUUUUCACAGACGUUGUAGACGAUGGCGAAUUCAUCUAUAUCCCCAUCGGGCUGUCCAUCCCACUGCUCCUGUUGCUGCUGUGCUGUUUCUGGGUAACACGCCACAAGCGUGAAGAGCCCCCGCCAGUAAAGAAUUUUGCAUAG